CGGCUAUCAAGUUAUGUCUAUUGCAAGUAAAUCAUAUUAUACACGUAUACGCAUAUAUCAUGUAUAUUUUAUUUUGUAUGACGUUCAAAAUGCAUUGAAACUACUUCUAAAAGGUUUAUCGAGGUAGGUAUUAUAUUAUUAAAUUAUAAUACUUAACAAUUUAACAAAACCGGCUUGACAGUAAAACGUGAACAAAUCCAGUAAUAAACUAUUAUUCUCGUAACGGGUAUUAUUCGUUCAAUACACAGCUUAGUAUGUACGAGUAUAAUAUAUAAAUCGUACACGGGAUAAACAAAGAUAUGGUUCCAAACUUCUUAAGCAUAAAUAAUUGUAUACAAUGGUGCGCGUACCGUCUCAUACAGAGAUCAGAGAUAAAUAUAUGUCACCUAGAAAAAAAUCCACUUAUACGACAGUCAACAAUACACACGUUACCGAUAUCAUAAUAUAUCACUGUCAACGUUGUGUCCCCGUGUACAACACCGGACACCCCCUGCACAACCGGAGGCCGUACAUAAUAUACUAUGGGAAAUGUUUACGUGUAGACCUGAAACCUGGCGAGGAUUUUUCAAGGAUGCACUAUCUACCUGUCCUGUGUACAGUGUGUCUUCUGUUUUUUACGAUAAGUCGUGCAAUGAAUAACUCUGAUAUAUGUACGGUACCUACACGAAUGCGUACACAAGAGAGUCCUGUUGCUAUAUCGGGAGCACGACAUAUUGCAGGCGGCGAAGAAAUGGUAAAAAUAUAGGUGUAACGACAAAAUAUGUGGACACGACUACCGACCAUAUAGUAUGUCUAAACCUAAUUCGAUACAUUCGUGGUGAGUAAGUUUACGCGCUGAUAAUAUACCAAUAUAUACCACGUACUUGUUUUCGGUAUUACUAUUGUUGUUAUUAAUA